AUGCAAAAAGAAGGGCGAGCUUUUUUGCUGGAAGAACCUUGGCCUCCAUCAAUGACACCGGAUCAGUACAAUUCGAUGACAUCUGGAUACUUUUCUGCAAUUCAUCACGUAUUGGCCGCUUUGGAUAUUUACAAUUUUUACGCUCAAAAUCACAGUGAUCCAAACGAUCACUAUUUUUGGAUCGAGCAGUACGAUCAGCUUUUCUCCGACAUUGCGUUCAAUGUGCCGCUUGUAGAGAGGGAAUUGCCAGAUCUGCGG